AUGGCACAACCACAAGUUCCAGACCCUGCCAUCAUAGCGGCUGCCAUCAACGGAAUGACUGCGGAAGGAAACACCAUUGCACAGAGUGCCCAGGCAUACAACGCUCAUAAUCGUCAUCUCGCUAAUCAGCUAACACUCUGUGCCAACUACCCUGUCGGACAGAUGCAGCAACAGCUUGCUGGCCUCCAACGGUCAACCGACAAGAUUAGGGCCGAGAUUUGGAAUUUGAGAGCUCAAAUUCAGAACGGAAAACUCACCAUAGCUACAGGAGCUUUAACUAGCAUGCGCAGCGUCGAUCCGGGCGAUAACCCUCAAGUUCCAAUCGGCAAUCUCAUCCCACACUUUCCAACCACCCCUGAUGAUAUAUCAGAUAUGAACGGUACUCUCCCUUUCCAAUGUAUCUCCUUUUGA